AUCGUAGACCAUUCACGGUCGCUAUGUUUGUGUUGUUGGAUGCCUACGCCGAGCGUUUUCAUCACGGGCCACAGUAAAUUUGUCUCGUAUGCGUUAUACGGUGAACGUGUUGUUGUAAAUUUUUUGAUCCAAUACAAACAGUUGAGAUCAAUUAAUACUUAUAAUAUUUACUGAUAAGUAAAAGUGAAGUUAAGGUUUAAUACUUGUAAUAUUGUUUCUUGUGCAGACGUUGCUAUAAGUGGUAGUGGUGCAUUUGUUUAUUUUUAGACUUUGCAAUUUGCAGUCAUGUUGUUAUUCCGGUGGCGCUAAAAUGUCUCAAAGGGAUACAGCAAUUCACCUUGUGGCUGGAGGGAUAGCAGGUACAGCCGGGGCAGUAGUUACAUGUCCUCUUGAAGUGGUCAAAACACGUCUUCAGUCAUCAAAGGGUGUCGGGAUUCCCCCUCCAACCCCACCACCAUCAAACGCAUCUAAUUCCAGAAGAGUAUGUUCUAAAAUACCGAAGCACCAGGAGGCCAAAUGGGGCUACAGACGUACGAUGGGCGCGAUGUUCGCGUACAGCAAGCAAGCAGAUCGCAUGCUGAUGUCGUACAAUUACCAGGUGCAGCAGUGCGCGCGCGCAGGGCACGCGAGACCGCCGCCGCGGAUGAGCCUUAUACAGUGCAUCAGACACAUUGUAAAGAACGAAGGCACCCGGGCGCUGUUCAAGGGCUUAGGGCCGAACAUCGUGGGCGUAGCGCCCUCGAGAGCCAUCUACUUCUGCACGUACUCGCAGGCUAAAGCUAUCCUCAACCAGCACAUACCGCCGGACACGCCCAUAGUUCAUCUGUCGGCAGCUAGCGCAGCUGGAUUCGUCUCGUGUACAAUGACCAAUCCGAUAUGGUUCGUGAAGACUCGCCUGCAGCUCGACGGCCAGAAUGUGACGGCGCUCGAGUGUAUCAAAAGGAUAUAUGCGAAACACGGCAUCAAGGGCUUCUACAAGGGCAUAACCGCGUCGUACAUGGGCAUCAGCGAGACGGUGGUGCACUUCGUGUUGUACGAGGGCGUGAAGGCGCGGCUGGCGGCGGCGCGGCGCGCGGACGGCGCGGCGCCCGACGCGCGCUCGCCGCGCGACUUCCUCGAGUUCAUGGCCGCCGGCGCCUUCUCCAAGACCGUCGCCUCCUGCAUCGCGUACCCGCACGAGGUGGCAAGAACACGGCUAAGAGAAGAAGGCGACAAAUACCGCAAGUUCUGGCAGACCCUACACACGGUGUGGAUGGAGGAGGGCUACCGUGGAGUGUAUAGAGGCUUAGGCACCCAACUGGUACGCCAAAUACCGAACACAGCGAUCAUGAUGUCAACAUACGAAGCCGUAGUGUAUCUGCUCACGACACACUUCAAUAGCUCUUUCUAUGAGAACACUUAGCCGCUGGCCUGUGAACAAUUAGAGCUGAUCCACACUCGAUGUCGAAGGCAUUAGUCAUGUAGACGACUAAAUGUGACUGUUUAGUCGCAGGAGGUUAUAGAAGCCAUUGUUAGUUUGUAGCAUCCAGUUUUGUCUAUGGCCAGAACAUUUGGAUACACCAAUGUUUGAUCUAGAUGGCUACGGUUUGUUGUCUAUGAUAAGUUUCUUCUAAUAAAAGUGUAUUCGUAUUGUCUUUCACUUGAGAUAUAUUUUUAAAUUGGCACACACAUGUUACAUUUGGUUCACAUUUUGUAUUGAUAGAUUUAUAUAUUUUUAAACAUAUGAUAUUGUUGAUUUUUAUUGUAUAUUGUAAUAAUUCUUUUUUAUACAAUACUUUUUUAUUGGUUAUGGAGAAAUCUUGUUGGACAACCUAACCUUGUUAUUGUUAAGUGAUAACAUACUGAGUGUAUACAUAUAUGUUUCUUAGUAGAUUUAGUAAAAACGAAAAAGAGUUUGAACACUAUGGUUAUUUGGAAGUAAGAAUUCCUAUCCAAAUAGGCCGCCUACUUACUCGCAAGUUUUAAUAUUAGUCAUUAGUUUUCUAGUCUUGCAGCGAAUCGAAAUCGAAAGUCCAGCCCUUACGAAAUCGUUCGAAAUAAAAUUUAAAAUUUCAUGCAUACAUAGUUGACUAUAUAUUAUUAAUAAAUUCUUAUAAUAUGUUUACAUGGGCUCUUUGACUUCUCUAUACACUUUUAAUCGUCUACACAUUGUUCGGAAACGAAAUUUGUUGGAUAUAAUUAAUGCUUCAUAUUACAUUAUAUACUUACUAUAAUACAAUAGACUAAAGGCAGAUCUUUCUACAUAGUGACUUUACCGCAUUUUUGACAAUAAAAAAAAUGAUAUUAAGUCAAUAAUUGAGACAGAAUUUGCCUUUGGAUAGGUGUUUCGAGUUUGUAAGACUGUUUGUAAAUUGAUGAAAAUUAAAAAUUGGCAUAAUUUAGAUGUUGUGACUUCUGUUGUCUCUAUUUAUAGAAAUAUGCUAAGGGAUAUUUGUUCAGACAUGUACAAUUAUAUUGAUGUUGAUAGUUAAUUCUUUUUUUAUUAUUAUUAAAAACGUCUACUUCUUCUACUCUGAUGUGCUAAUUAAAUAAAUAAUGGACAAUUAUAUGAGAUCAAAAUUAAUUAAGUGUUCUAUUCUUGCAAUUUUCAAAGGUACAUUAAGAUACAAAAUUUAAAGGAAAUGUUAACAAAUAGAUAUUCUAGCACAAAUGUUGCAUAUUUAAAAUUUAUGACUUCUUUUGAAAAAGAAAGGUAUUUUGGAAAUCCCUUAGUGCAGUAAAAAUAGUUAAUUGUGAGCUGUGAUAUAGCGCUUAUAUUAGUUAUUUGUAAACAUUGGACAUAUUCAAUGAAUAGUGCUUUCGGAAUGUCUACAUAAAUAUUAUUAUCGUUACUCGCUCCCAAUUUUAAUUUAAUAGCGUGUUUAUGUUCUAACGAGUAUUAGAACAUGAAUAUUUAUUAAUUUGGUAGAUGUUGAUUUUGUAUGUCAAGUUGGGCAGAUUUUUGGUUGUUAGAUAUAUUGUAAAGAUAUAAUUGGACGUAUGUCAGACUGAGUAUAAGAUACAAUUAAAUUUGUUUAACAAAUAAAUCAUUAAAAAUA